ACCAAUGAGGUCGAAGAUUGAAAUUUUAAAUUCAUACUGACAGAGCGGUAUUUUUGAAACAGGAGGUAGUUGUCGUAUUGGAGACGUUGUAGGAAGUUAGGGAUGUGUAGAGACAAAUGUUAAAAUGUCAGAAGAAAGCGCAGUUAAGGUUUGCGUGAGGGUUCGCCCGCUCAUCCAAAGAGAGAAGAGUGCCAUUCAGGAUGCAGAAGAAGCGGUUCCAUUGUAUUGGAAAACUGAUAAACAUGCUGUUUGUCAGGUGGAUGGGACAAAAUCUUUUAACUUUGACCGAGUGUUUAAUACAGAUGAAACCACAGAUAAGGUGUACCAAGAUGUAGCACAACCGCUUGUGGUCUCUGCUGUGAAUGGCUACAAUGGAACUAUUUUUGCCUAUGGUCAGACCUCUUCAGGGAAGACAUUCACAAUGAUGGGAAGUCAAAGCUCACUUGGAGUCAUACCUUUAGCAAUUCAAGAUAUAUUUAAAACAAUUGAUGCGACCCCUAAUAGGGAGUUUCUGCUCCGUGUGUCCUACAUGGAAAUAUACAAUGAGACUGUAACAGAUCUACUCUGUGACAGUAGGAAAAAGAAACCUUUAGAAAUUCGUGAGGAUAUGAAUAGAACUGUAUACGUUGCUGAUCUGUCUGAAGAAGUUGUUGUAACCGCAAAGCAUGUUCUGGAGUGGAUAAAGAAAGGAGAGAAAAAUCGUCAUUACGGAGAGACCAAAAUGAAUGAGCGAAGCAGCAGGUCUCAUACAAUUUUCAGAAUGAUUUUGGAAAGCAGAGAAAAAAGCGAGCCUUCUAAUGGAGAAAAUGUGGAUGGAGCAGUCAUGGUUUCCCAUCUGAAUUUGGUUGACUUGGCAGGAAGUGAAAGAGCGAGCCAAACUGGAGCAGCAGGACUUAGACUGAAAGAAGGCUGCAAUAUUAACCGGAGUUUGUUCGUCAUUGGCCAAGUAAUCAAAAAGCUGAGUGAUGGCCAUGCUGGGGGAUUUAUCAAUUAUAGAGACAGCAAACUUACCAGAAUCCUUCAAAAUUCUUUGGGUGGUAAUGCAAAAACAGUGAUCAUUUGCACAAUCACUCCAGCCACAAUUGAAGAAACACUCAGCACUCUUCAGUUUGCCAGCACUGCUAAACACAUGAAGAAUGAUCCUCAUGUCAAUGAGGUGUUGGAUGACGAGGCAUUGAUGAAAAGAUAUCGAAAUGAAAUUGUGGAUCUCAAGAAACGUCUGGAAGAGGUUUUUUCUGAGACACGUGCACAGGCAACUGAGAAGAUUGAAUUGGCACAGCUACUGUUGGAAAAGGAACAACUUCAAAGAGAACAAGAAGAUAGAAUAAAGAACUUGACCAAAAUGAUUAUUACCUCAGAUUUCUCAAAGAAGGAACAAAAGAUAAAAAAUAAGAGGAGAGUUACCUGGGCCCCAGGGAAAUUGCGUGACAGCUUGCAAUCAAGUGGAGGAUUUAAGUUUGAUGGUUUGCCUACAUCUGAACCUUUUGUCAAAAGAAUGAAAUGUGAAAUGUCAACACUAGCUGAAUUUGAUGACUCUGAUUGUACUGAAAUUGAGGAUUCAUGGUCACAUACCUUGGAUGAUCCAUUUGAACUAGAUGCAAGUCGUAACGUAGCUGUUCGCAGGAGUAGGAAUGCUUAUUCCACUCUUUUAGAGGAAUAUCCGCUAUUUGAUGGACAGGAAAGUGCAUGUGAUGUGGCUUCUCCUCAAAUGGAUGACAAGGAAGCAAAAAUUGCAAAUUUGGAACGGCAGCUUCAAAGUGAAAGAAAUGAAAAAGUUCAACUAACUGGAAUGAGAAGCUUCUUGGAGAAAAGGGUGUCUGAACUAGAGCAGCAGCUACAGUCCCAAACUGGGGAGGUUAAAGGAGCAGAACACGAGGAAGUGAAAAGGGUCCUUGACGAGCGGAUUGCUGAUUUGGAGCGGCAACUCUUGGAAAAAGAGCUAGAACAGGAAUAUGUUGGGAAGGGCCUAGAAGAGAGAAUUCUAGAGCUGGAACAGCAGCAUUCAACAUCUAAAGAAGAAUAUACUGAAAGUAAAGCGGCUUUGGAGAAAAGGAUUAUGGAGCUGGAGCAUAGUCUUCACAUUCAGGAGAACCAAGGCAAGAAUAAUCUUCAGGAUCAACUGUAUCAAAAGGAUUUAUUGGAGACUAUACAGCUUUGUGAAGCACUGGAGGCUGAGAAGGAGAAAUUGCUUUCGGAGAUGGAUGUGCUCCGUGAUGCUUGUGAUAACAUGACACUGGAAAAUGAAGGGUUAAGAAAUGAAAAAAAAGAAUUGCAAUUCAAACUUAAGGAGAAGAAUGAAAUGCAUGAAUUUGAGGCUCUGGAGAAAGAAGUUCGGCAUGAACAUGAGGCUGACCUAAUGCAUGAAAUCACCAGCUUAAAGGCAGGCACUGAAAAUGCUGAAGUAUGUAUCCAAGGCCUUAAGGCUGAACUUUCUCGGGCUAAAGAGUUGAUUGCAGACCUACAGUCAUCGGUUGAUAAAGAUUUGGUGGAGCAGAUUCAUAAACUAAGACAUUCGCUUGAAGAUGCAGAGACUGUCACUCGUGACACCAAGAAAGAAUUUGCAAUCCUUAGAAGUGAAAAUCUGGAGAUGAAGGAAAAAAUGGAUGAAAUGACAGUGAAGUAUCAGCAGAUGGAAAAGGAUAUGCUGACUUCAUGCAGUCAGCUGGAGGCUGAAAAGUUACGCUAUAAGAACAUGCAAACUGAUCUGCAGAAGGAACUGCAGCAGGCCUUUAAUGAAAACACUAAACUAACUGCACUUCUGGAUGGCAAGGUUCCCAAAGAUCUGAUUGAACGUAUUGAGCUAGAAAGAAGAGUUGCAGAUCUAAAGAAGGAAUUAAAGCAAACGUUUGCAGAUAAAACUGCUUUAAAGGAGGAGGUUGAUGCUUCAUCAGCACUCCAGCACCUACCUGAAAAAGUUGCAGGACUAAUGAAGCAGGUCUGUCGUGUGACUAAUGAGCUGUGCAUUGUGACAUCUGAAAGAGAAGGCCUGAUCUCCAAAAUAGCUGAAAAGGACAGUAGGAUUCACGAGUUGACUGAGGCUGCUAAGCAGGCGAAUGAGAAACUGUCAGAAACCGUAUCCAAGCUAAACGAUGCAGAGAUGAAGGUGGUGGAUUUAACACAACAGCUCGGUGAAGUGCAGCAGUUAUUGCAAUCAACUCAAAACUGUGAAAUCAAGGCUGAAUCUGAGAGCCUAAUAGCAGACAAAGAACAACUCCUAAAUGAUCUACAGACGUUGGAAAUACAGUUAACUACACUGUCAGAUGAACUUAAACAGAAAUCUGUGGAAGUGAGUGGCCUCCAGUCUGAGAAAGAAGCUUUGACUGAAAGCCUGGACAGAUUGAAUGUAGAGCUGGAGCUGAGGACCAACGUGUCCCAAUUGGAGAGGAUGGAACAGGGUAACAAACUCCAGCAGCUCCGUGGAGAGAUGGAAGCUCUUAAUCAAGAAAAAGAUUGCCUCCAGCAAGUUCUGGAGACUGUGCGGUCUGAGCGAGAUGCACUGACUAAUGUUCAACAAGAUCUAGAAAAGACUAUGACUGACCUAUGCAACACUCGGGAAGAGUUGAACCAGACUCAGCAGUUGGUUGGUGGCCUGAAUAAUCAGAUUGAAGAAAAAGAAGCUCAGUUGGCCAGUAUGGAAGAAAGAUUGGUAGAGAGAAAAUUGUCAGAAUGUGUGAAGGAGGUUUCUGUAGAUACUUUAGGCUAUAGCAACCUAUUGGCUGAAAAAGAGGAGCUGCUCCAGAGCCGGGACAGGCUUGCUGUGGAGAUACAGUGCCUGCAGGAGGAAUUGAACACCAGUACAUCUCGACUGGCGUGCAUGGAGAGGGAUGCUCUAGAGCAGACAUGCAGACUGCAACAUCUACAGGAGAAGAUGGCAACAACAACACAAGCACGAGAUGAGCUCCAUCAAAAACUAGAAGUCAUGCAGUUGAACACUGAAGCUGUAAACAAGGUUACUGAGGAGUUGAGGUUGGUAACCAGUGAACAAGAUAUUCUUCUGGCUGAAAGGAGAGACACUGCACCGAGUUCAGAGACUGACCUUCAGAUGGAAGCAUUGCAGGAACGAAUUUCAUCUCUUGUUAAGGAGAGAGAUGAGCUUCAAGAAAUACUGGAAGGUGUCAGAACUGAAAAGAACCAAUUGAAGGCUGACAUGCAGGAGAAUAUUGAAUUGUCUUUUGAGAUUCAGGAACAACUGAGGGUUUCCCAGCAGGAGCUUGAGCAGCACCAGAGACUAGUUAAUGAUCUGAUGAGUCAGAUUGCAGAGAAAGAACUACAGCUAUCAAACAUUGAAGUCAAAGAAGCUGCGAAUUUGGAGGACAAAGUUAACCAGCUAACUGAGGCACUAAACUUGUUAACCAGUGAACGGGACCACCUCAUGACUGAGAGAGCUCUGGCAUCAAAUAUGGCUCAGCAAUCAGAGCCUGAACUUCACCUGGGAGAGCUGCAGGAACAGAUUUCAUCUCUCGCUAAGGAGAGAGAUGAGCUUCAGGAAAUACUGGGGCGCAUCAAAACGGAAAAGAAACAACUGGAAGCUGACCUGCAGGAGAACAUUGAGAUGGCUAUUGAUACUCAAGAAGAGCUGAGACAACAGCAGCAACAAAUCAAUGACCUACAAAAACAGAUUGCAGUGAGAGAAUCCCAAGUAGUAAGUGGUGAAGAGAACUUGAGUGGAAUAAAAGAACUACAAGAAAAAAUGACUAGGGAAUUGAAAGUGGUAACCUGUGAACAGGAUCAUCUUCUGGCUGAGAGGAGACAAUGUGGUUCAGAGUAUGAACUUCAACUGGGAGUGCUUCAAGAACAGAUUUCAUCUCUCACUAAGGAGAGAGACAAGCUUCAGGAAAUACUGGAGAGUGUCAGAGCUGAAAAGGACCAACUCCAGGCUGACCUGCAGGAGAACAUCAAGAUGGCUGUAGAGACUCAGGAGCAGCUGAGAAGCACUCAGGAACAUCUGAGACAGCAGGAACAGCUAGUAAGUGACCGGAAGAGCCAAACUGCAGAGAGAAAAUCUCUAUUGACAGACAGUGCAGAGGAGAAUAAGGAUUCAUUUAGCCAAGAACUACAGGAAAAGGUUCUACAUCUCUCUGAAGAGUUGAAGCUGGUUAAAUGUGAACGAGAUCAACUCUUGGCUGAGAAGAGAGACAUUGUUCAGGGACCUGAGACUGAACCUCAACUGGGAGUGCUUCAGGAACAGAUUUUAUCUCUCUCUAAGGAGAGAGAUGAGCUUCAGGAAAUACUGGAUGGUGUCAGAGCUGAAAAGAACCAGCUGAAGGUUGACAUGCAGGAGAACAUUGAGAUGAACAUUGAGAUUCAGGAAGAGCUGAGACAGCAGCAACAACUGGUCUGUGACCUGCAGGUCCAGACUGCACAGAGAGAAUCUGAACUGCAAGAAAAAAUUAACCAGGUGACGGAGGAGCUGAAGUUGGUAACUCGUGAACGUGAUCGUCUGGCUGAGAAGAGAGACGGUGAUCAAGGACUAGAUACUGAACUUCAACUGGGAGAGCUGCAGGAACAGAUUUCAUCUCUCACUAAGGAGAGAGAUGAGCUUCAGGAAAUACUGGAGAGUGUCGAAACUGAAAAGAACCAGCUGAAGGCUGAGAUGCAGGAGAACAUUGAGAUGACCACUGGGAUUCAAGAAGAGCUCAGACAGCAGCAACAACUGGUCAGUGACCUGCAGAUCCAGACUGGACAGAGAGAAUCUGAACUGCAAGAAAAAUUUGAGACUCAACUGAAGCACCAACAGCAAGUGGUUGAUGAGUUUAAAAACCAGGUUGCUGAAAAAGAAGCUCAAAUAUCAAGUCUGCAGCACAAACUGGCAGAAGAGAUUAACCAGGUGACGGAGGAGCUGAAGUUGGUAACUCGUGAACGUGAUCAUCUGGCUGAGAAGAGAGACCGUGAUCAAGGACUAGAGACUGAACUUCAACUGGGAGUGCUGCAGGAACAGAUUUCAUCUCUCACUAAGGAGAGAGACGAGCUUCAGCAAAUACUGGAGAGUGUCAGAGCUGAAAAUAAUCAAAACAUAGAGAUGGCUUCAAAGAAUCAAGAUGAACUGAGAUCUGCGCAGGAAGAGCUGAGACAGCAGCAGCAAGUUGUCAGUGACCUGAAGACCCAGACUGCAAAGAGAGAAUCUGAACUACAAGAAAAAGUAAACCAGUGGACUCAUGAACUGAAGCUGGUAAACAGUGAACGGGAUCAUCUUCUAGCUGAGAGGAGAGAUGCUGCUGAACUUGGAGAUUUGCAGGAACAGAUUUCAUCUCUCACUAAGGAGAGAAAUGAACUUCGGGAAAUACUGGAGUGUGUCGGAGCUGAAAAGAACCAGAUGAAGGAUGACUUGCAUGAGAACAUUGAGAUGGCCAUAGAGACCCAAGAAGAACUGAGACAGCAGCAGCAAUUGGUCAGUGACCUGAAGAACCAGAUUGCAGCAAGAGAAUCUGAACUACUAGAAAAACUAAACCAGGUGACAGAGGAGCUGAAGUUGGUAACAGGUGAACAGAAUCAGUUUUCCUCACUCACCAUGGAACGAGACGAGCUGCAGGGAACAUUGAAGAGUGUCAGAGCAGAAAUGGACCAGCUCAGAAAGACCUCUGAAGAGAUCUUGUCAAAGUCUGAGACUCAACUGAAGCACCAACAGCAAGUGGCUGAUGAGUUUAAAAGCCAGGUUGCUGAAAAAGAAGCUCAAAUAUCAAGUCUGCAGCACAAACUGGCAGAACAGAUUAACCAGGUGACGGAGGAGCUGAAGUUGGUAACUCGUGAACGUGAUCGUCUGGCUGAGAAGAGAGACGGUGAUCAAGGACUAGAUACUGAACUUCAACUGGGAGAGCUGCAGGAACAGAUUUCAUCUCUCACUAAGGAGAGAGACGAGCUUCAGGAAAUACUGGAGAGUUUCAAAGCUGAAAAUAAUCAAAACCUAGAGAUGGCUUCAAAGAAACAAGAUGAACUGAGAUCUGCGCAGGAAGAGCUGAGACAGCAGCAGCAACUGGUCAGUGACCUGAGGACCCAGAAUGCAAAGAGAGAAUCUGAACUACAAGAACAAGUAAACCAGGUGACAGAGGAGCUGAAGCUGGUAACAGGUGAACGGAAUCAGUUGUCCUCUCUCACCAUGGAACGAGACGAGCUGCAGGGAACAUUGAAGAGUGUCAGAGCGGAAAUGGACCAGCUCAGAAAGACCUCUGAAGAGAUCUGGUCAAAUUCUGAAACUCAACUGAAGCACCAACAGCAAGUGGUUGAGGAGUUUAAAAGCCAGGUUUCUGAAAAAGCAGCUCAAAUAUCAAGUCUGCAGCACAAACUAGCAGAACAGUCAGAGAAUCAUGAGAUAUUGAGGCAAACCCAAGAAGAGCUAAUGCAUAGACGUCAAGAAGUUGAGCAAUUAAGGUGUCAAGUUGCUAAAAAAGAAGCUCAGAUAUCCAACAUGCAGGAGACCCAGGCAGAUAAGCUUCUGAGUUUCACUGAAGAGUUAAAGCAGUCUGCUACUAACCAAAGCCAUAUUAUGACUCAGAAUUUGAGUCUUGUUCAGAGCCAGGAGAGGCUGAACAAAGAGCUGGAGGAACUGAGGACCAAUGUCUCCCGCCUGGAGAGGAUUGAGCUGGAGGCACUGGAGCAUGAGAAGAAGCUUUGCCAACUCCAAGCAGAUAUGGCAGCAUUGGCUCAGGAAAGAGAUGAGCUUCAGAAAACCCUUGACCACUUGCAAGUGACAAUGAAUGUGGAAAAGAGUAAUAUUGAGUUGUGUUUGUCUGAAGAGAAAAAAGAGAACCAAAGGCUUUUAGAAAAGAUUGCAGGCUUCGAGGAGCAGGUUGCCUCCAUGGAGAGCAAAUGCAGUCCAUCCGUUGGAGAGAUGGAGAAUCUGUCGCUGCGUCUUGAGGGAACAGAUCAGCAACUGAAAGACUGUAUGCAGAGCUUUCAUAAGCUAAAAGACCAGUUUGAAAGCUGGUUCAGCAACAUGGACACCAUCCUGCUAAAUGACUUUGGUUCUCAGAAGGAGCUUGUGUCGCAGCUGGUCUCCCCACUUUCUUCUGCACAAACAAAGCCUGUUGAGAUCCUGAACUCUGAUAUUCAGAGAAUGAACUUGCAGUUCAAAUUUAUACUAAAGAAACUAAAGUUUUUAUACACAGCUUUAGCCCAGAAUCAGAUGGAACACCACCAGCUGACUGCUCAGUGUGAAAUGGAUUGCUACGAAGAGAACAAGAAGCAAGAGCUUCUGGUCAAGAAGAUACAAUUUCUGACAGACAAUGGCUCUACAAAGUACAAUGACCAAUGUGAAAAUGAAAGAUUCAAUGGACUACUUGAAAAGAGAGACUUGCAAUUGCAGGAAAUUCGCCAGAUUUUAUCAGAGCUGGAACACAUUUUUAUUAAAACUGACACUGAACUACAACAGGAACUACAGGAUCGAGAGAAAUUGAAAUUGAAACUAAUGGCUUUGGACAGUUCAUCCAUCCCUGAUUUAAUGGAAAUAUUAAGCCAGGAGAAAACUAGAAUAAAGCAACAUGUUGAGCUUUUAUCUCAGGCCCAAAAGAGCCUGGCAUUAAAGUUUACAGAUUUUGAUAAAAAAAGAAAAUCUUUCAGAUUCCAGUCAAAUAAACAGCUAGAAGAAGAAAAGAAAAAAAGUGAAACUCUCAUUCAGCAGUUGGACUCACUUACAAAUGUAGUUCCGAACAGUGGUGCAGCUUUAUUGCUGCAAGAAGAAAACCAGAGGCUUUUGGAUAAACUUGGAGCAAAUGAAAUGGAAAUAAAGCAAAUGCAAUUAAAAAUUAAAGAGCUUCAGGGUGCCUUAGGUAUAGCUGAAGAAAACGCAUUGGAACAAGGGAGGAGGACAAAUGCAUUGCAGGGGGACCUAAAGGAACUUAAAGCAAAAUUGACUGAGAAGGAGAAUACCAUCAAAGGUCUGAAGAUUAAUCUGGUACAUAUUGAGGCAAAAGUUAAGAAAGGGGAGGCCCCGUACACAGAAGAGCUUGAACGUCUUAAGACAAAGGUGGUAAAAAUGGAGUUUGAGAGGACUGUCCUAUCAAGAACAUGCCAGCAAGAGAUUGAUUCAUUGAAAGCAACCCUGGAUUUAAAAGAGGACAACCUGAGAAGCCUCAGAGAAAAACUCAGGAGGAUGCAACAGGACCAUGAUGAAACAAUACAUGAGGAUCACAGAAAUCAACACCCCACUAAUGCAGGACCUCUGACCUGUGUAAGUGGUUUUGGAAUCGUACAGAGCACAGCAGUGCUGGUGAUGAAAGCUGAAAAAGCUAAACUAGAAGCUGAAGUACACCAGCUGAAGAAGAAAAAUGAUCAUCUUGAUAGUACUGUCUUGAACCUGCAAGAUGAGGUUUCUAAAUGGAAGGUCAGGGCAAGGAAACUUAAAGAUUCAUCAAAGGCUAUGCAUUCCUUGACUGAUAUAGAAAGACAUUCCGGAUGUCUACCUUUGUCUCCAGUAAAACAACAAGUUUCAGUACCUCAGACUCCAUCUCCACGUAGAAAGCUUGCUUCCUUUGAAACACUGGUGCUCAAUUCCCCUAAAAGUAAAUUCUUUGACUCCCAAACUGAUUCGAUGUCUGUGUCUCGUCCAACACCGUUCUUUGACAACUCCAGUCUGGGAAUGGUACCAGAAAUAGCGGAACGGACAGAAAGUGAAAGUUGUCCUGCAAAGGGUCUAGAGCCUACAAAAGAAGCUGGAAGUGAAACUCAAGACUGGUGGGCUUCAGCCCCUCGAAAGAAUGAUACCGUUUCAGAAUGUAAAACUCAGUAAAUAUGAGCAGGGACAACACGACUUAUCAACACUGCUGCAGUAUUCACCACUUUUGUUUUACAUAUGUAGGCUUGCUCACUUUAAACAUUUAUUAGUUUUUUUUUUUUGUUUGUUUUUGUUGAAGCAUCAUGAAAUAUGUUGUGUGCAUUGGUUACAGGGACUUUUGGUUUAUAUUGGAUUCUAGUAUCUGGACCCCAAUCGAUCACAGUGGUGUUUUCUCUAGACUAAAUUAAAUACAUUGAAAGUUAUUGCAUUAAGUGACAACUUAAUGUCACAUUUAAGUGACUGUUAAACAAUUAACGGGUUAUAUAGUUCAGUGACAAACAGCAUAUGAAUAUUUCUGUAAAACAGCUGUCCAGCUUUUUUGGUUAAAUCAUACCAGAUUACCAGGGAAUUCUAACAGAGCCCUAGGAAAGAGGGAAAAAAAAGACUAAAUAGUAGCAACUACUUACUUUGAGACACGGUUUUAGCUGUUUUCUCAAUAAACGUGUUGCGUGUUUAAAACAAUGUAUUAAAUACUUGACAGGCCAUUUGCUUUUGUCAAGAUCAGUAAUAGCACUAGCCUGUGUUUUGAAUUGCAUUCCCCAACCUACAGUCCAAGAAGAGGGGUGCCUAACAUUAUGCGUGUUGCUCAUGUAAGGGCUCCACUCUUAUUGUACAUUUUGUCUUUUGGAUGUUUUUGUUUUAUGUUUUAAUUGUUUUUUUGACUUUUUAUAUUCUAGAGGGCUGCAUCUUGUUAAUAGCAACCCCUUGUUGGCAAUAAUACAGUUUAUACAUGUAAUCUAUUGGGAGAAAUUGUAAAUAAUAAACAUUACCUUUGUAUUUAACCCAUGAAGUAGAAUAAACAUUUCGUAAAACAGUAU